AUGGAUGCGCUAGUUGUGGUCGAAUUUGCUGGGGAAGAAGCCGCAGAGGCUGGGCAGGAAGUGCCGCGUAGCGUUUUAUGUGUCUUCAAGGACCAUAGUAACCCUCUGGAAGAGUACACUGAUCGGGCAUUUAUAAGGCGAUACAGAAUAUCAAAGGAUUCAUUCCGUUAUGUUCUUGACCUAAUUGGACCCGAGAUAGAGCAUCCCACGAGAAGGAAUCGAGCCCUUCUUCCGAUAGAGCAACUUGCUGUUGCACUCCAGUUUUAUGCUUUUGGUUGUUUUCAAAUCGAAUUUGAGGAUUCAAGUGGUGUCUCGCAAGCUACGUGUUGUCGUUUGGUGCGUCGUGUUUCCGAAGCGAUCUGUGGAUGGAAGGAACGCUUCAUUCGGUUUCCGACCACAUCGGAGGAGAGACGGGUGGUGAUGCAAGGGUUCUAUGAAAUUGCCGAGUUCCCAGGCGUGAUUGGCGCUAUCGACGGAACCCACGUAGCAAUUGUCAGCCCAGGAGGUGCCGAUGCUAUACGAUUCAUCAACAAGAAGCGAUACUACAGCUUGAAUUGUCAGUUUGUUUGCAAUCACCUGAUGAUGUUCACACAUGUGGUUGCACGAUGGUACGGAUCAGCUCACGAUUCGAGAUUUUUUUAA